GGGCCUCCGGAGGAGGCGGCUGGUUUCCGCGGCCGGCCGGCUGACCGACCCACCGGUGGGGAUGUUGCCACGGCUGCAGCCGCCGCCGCCGCCGCCAGCACUGGCCGCCAGGAGAAUCAUCGGGGCGGCGACAGCUGCGAUGGCUCCUGGUGGUGGACCAAGGGGGCCUGGAGCUAAGCGGCAGCAGCGGGGGCAGCCUCACUUCGACAGGCGCUGCUAGACGCUCCUCUGCGUUGCCAAGGGGUAGGAGGAGCGUCGCUGACUGACCGACCCGACCAAGAGAGCCGGUAUUUUCCUCGGGCAAGAGCGAGGCGGGGCGGCCUUUCGCCGACUGAGGAAGAAACCCACCCAGUCUCUCUAACCUAAAGCUCACCUGGUUCUCUCACCUGCGUCAUGAAGUAUCGCCCCACGCCCGUCGCCCCUUAAAGCUCCCUCGAGCCCUCCCGGAAAAAGCUGCCGCCACGAGCCCCCUUUCUCGCGAGCUGCCCCUCCAACACUGGGCAUUGGCAAGUGCAGGCAAAAGAAGCUCCCCCCGCCGCGUGGGGCAUUGCCGCUCUCUCCGCGAGGGCAUCCCUGUUUGGGCUCCAGGCAGCCUCCCACCCUUCCUGCUGCUCUGGGGCUCCCUUGGUUGAUCUUGACGUCACCGGCUCUCACACAGCACUUGGAUAGGUUGGGUAUCCCAGUCCGUGGGCGGUUCGGGGAGAGUAGCCGCUACUAGCGGCUGUGGUCGGAGAACGGUUGCAGCCCUGCCCAAGAGGAGGAUGUCUGCCUUCAAGAAGGUGCUGCGAGUCUCCAAUCGCUCCAUUCUCGUCUUCAUCUUCUUCUUUUCCUUCUCGUCAUCUUGUCUGUACUUCAUAUACGUCGCUCCAGGAAUAGCAAACACAUAUCUAUUUAUGGUACAAGCACGGGGUAUAAUGCUGAAAGAAAAUGUGAAAACAAUAGGACAUAUGAUCAGAUUGUAUACUAAUAAAAAUGCUACACUAAAUGGUACAGAUUAUCCUGAAGGCAACAAUUCAAGUGAAAACCUUGUUCAAACUAUGAUGUAUCUUCCAGAAAACUUCACUUAUUCUCCUUAUCAGCCUUGUCCAGAAAAGUUACCUUACAUGAGAGGCUUUGUUGAUGUCAACAUGAGUGAAAUUAGCUUGGAUGAAAUUCAACAGUUAUUUUCAAAUAAUAUAGAUGUUGAGCCAGGUGGUCAUUGGAAGCCAAAAGACUGUAAACCACGAUGGAAGGUUGCAAUACUCAUUCCUUUUCGCAAUCGCCACGAACAUCUUCCAAUAUUUUUCCGACACCUGAUACCAGUGUUACAAAAACAGAGGCUGGAAUUUUCCUUUUAUGUUGUUGAACAGACUGGGGCGCAGCCUUUUAACCGAGCGAUGCUCUUUAACAUUGGCUUCAAAGAAGCUAUGAAGAAUAAUGACUGGGAUUGUGUAAUUUUUCAUGAUGUGGAUCAUUUACCUGAAAAUGAUCGAAAUUAUUAUGGAUGUAAUGAGAUGCCACGUCACUUUGCUGCAAAGUUGGACAAAUAUAUGUACAUUCUUCCAUACAAUGAGUUCUUUGGUGGCGUAAGUGGACUAACAGUAGAACAAUUCAAAAAAAUCAAUGGAUUUCCAAAUGCUUUCUGGGGAUGGGGUGGAGAAGAUGAUGACCUAUGGAAUAGGGUUCACUAUGUAGGAUACAAUGUAACAAGACCAGAAGGAGAGCUAGGGAAGUAUAAAUCUAUUCCACAUCACCACAGAGGAGAAGUUCAGUUCUUAGGACGGUAUAAACUAUUGAGAUAUUCCCGAGAGCGUCAGUAUAUUGAUGGGUUAAAUAAUCUACUAUAUACUCCAACAAUUCUUGUCAACAGAUUAUAUACAAAUAUAACUGUAAACCUUGUACCAGAACUAGCUCCUGUUCAAGACUAUUGAUGAAUAAAUAACUAGGUCAAAACAUUCUAACACUGGAAAAGCUCAUCUGAAACUUUAAAGGAUUCAAACCAGAUCUUUCUAAAGAGAUAUGGGGGGAAAGUCAAACGAUGGUAUGGAUAAAAAUGUGUCAAGGAGAAGAAAUCCCAGUAGCUGCUACUUAAAAUGUUUACAUCAUGAAACUAACAAAUAUUCAAAGCCUUCUUCAAUCACAUUUUAUAUAUCUGAAGCUACUCAUCACUGCUAUUAAAACAAACAAACCAGUAGCUUGUUUAGAAGCCAGGAAAAGCCUCUUCUCCCAAGAAGUGUGGUUUUAACAAACUGAUUAAAUGAAGACUUUGUUUAUGUUUUUGUAAAUGUAUAAAUUAAUGUGAUCAUGAAUAUUGUAGGAUUCAAGGCUUCUGCAUGCACGUGAUAGUACUGUGUUCAGCCAUGGUUUGGUUUUGUUGGCAUAAAAGAACUUGUAAACAAUUUGAUUCAAGGCAGAGGGUUUGCUUUGUUUAUAAUGAAAGACCUAUUUAUAAAUGUUGGCUAGCUGUGACUGUAAACUGUUAUAUUAGUUUGAGUUAUGACCUCCCAAAUACCUAUAGAUGUAAUUUUACCACUAACCUUUCUAGAAAAACUUUCUAAAAAAAAUUGAUUCUAUGAGUGGCUUCUCAUGAUCAGCUGGAAAUGGUAAGAAGUUUUGAGAGAGGGAGCCAGAGGUAUCCACAGUGCAUGUGCUUCUGUGUGUCAUGCUGUCUGAAGCCACUUUUGCGCCUGGUUAUUGACUUGCACACAGGAUUCUGUCAACUUUGUCAAGCCAACUUACAGCUUUGGCAACAGAAGCUGGACUUGGAUGGCUUCAGAUAACACACCACAUGGGAGCAUGAGUGCUGCAUACACCUCUAGUUCCCUCUCUGGGGUUUCUUACUGAUUUUUCAGCUGGUCAUCUGAAGCUGCCCAAUCUGUGAGUAGUACUAUGAUUCCCUGAUUGUGCUUGAAAUAAUGUUUUUGUAUAUUGCAUGUAUAUUAAGGGAAUCCAUCAAGGAUGUUGCAUUUCACUAUGGUCCUUAACAUAUGUCACUGUGUUGGUGUCCUAUCUGUGUUUAUUACGAGCCUGUAUUGUUGCUUUAAAGAGUUCUUUUAAAAGCGCUGUCAUUACUUCUAGAAUCAAAAGAGCAAAGAAGUGUGUUCAUUAGUAGAUGAAUGCUAAUCAGUUUCAAAAAGUGAGGGGAAUGGCUUCAUGUGGAUAGUUUGGAAUAUUUGAAGCAUUUGCCAUUUGUCCGACUUCAUUUUCAUUGAAGUUGGUGUAUCUGGAAUUAGCCUAAAUAGGAAUGCUUUGAAGAUCUUUCACACAAUAACUGCCAAUAGUGUAACACACCUUUCCUGUGUGCAGUGUGCUUCCUAAAACAAGCUGCUUCCCUCAUGACUCCUAAAAAGGAUGAGGGUUCUCACUGUUUCACAGGGAUCUUUUUUUUGUGGGGCCCAGUGCAUGUAAGUUGGGCUCUGUAUGUUCACCAGUUUUUGUGAUCUGGGUGAAGCUUGCCUUCUUUAGCAUCUUUUGAGUGCUAUUUAAUAUAUUUUUAUACCGCUGCAGUUAAUAAUAUGUGAAAUGAAUUACUUAUUUUGUUGUAAUUGAAAUGCAUUUAGAUGUUGAUUGAAUGUGAUUGUUUUGCUUAUUAUUGCCAUGUUUUAGCAAUGUGAGAACCAAAGAAUUGCUGCUUUUCUUUUACAAACUAGAAAGUGCUUUGCUAAACAUUUACAGCAAGAACUAAACAAACAAAAAACCCAGAUAAAAUCUCUCCAUUUGUAUCCCGAGUGCAUUUCUCAGCAGAUGUGUUGCAUCUGUGAUAUAAAAUUGCUUACUCUUAACUCUUCUUUAGAGCCUUGGCAUCAAAUUUUACUGCAAGCCGCUCUUAUUAGAUGUUCAAAAGGAUCUCUAUCAUUUUCAAAUGCUUUGCAAAUUUUCAUAUGCUUAACACAAGCUAGGUACUGUGCAGAGAUAAACAUUGACAGCUCCUGCCUACAGACUUACAAUCUUAGAGACAGAACAUAAAUCAAGCAUGCAAAAAAAUUAAAUUUAGACUCCCACAUUACACUGAAUGCAGUACGAUAAAGGCUUAAACUAUCAUGUACCCUUCCCAUCAUUCAUUUAUUUUGAAACAAAAAUGAACUCUUCCUUUAUCAUGUACUGUCCUGAUUUAGUCUGGCUACAUUGUUUGAUAAAUGCUUAACUUUUAGAUGUUGCCUACUUAUUGUUAACUUUUUUUAUAAAGAUGUGUAUGUGCGUGUGUGUGUGAGUGAUGUAAUAUAUGCCUUUGGGUAUAAAAUGUUUUUAACCUGUCAGAAAAUGUAAUUCCAAACUAUGAUGUGCAGUUUGUUCUGCUUGAAAACACCAUUCUAUAGCAGAUCUUAAUAUGCCAUGUGCCUUUAAAGUAGCUUACAAGCGGAACUGGGAGCCAUUCACAUUCCUUAUCCAUGACCUCUCAUUGUAAAACCAUUGAAAAGCUGCAUUUGUUUUCUCCAGCUUCUGGCACCUUGCAAUUGAAAAUCCCACUCUGAUUUAGAGUGGGGUUUUAAAGAUUAAAAGAACAUUUCUAGUUAAACUAAAGAAAUAGCAAUCAUAUAAUGAAGUCAAUUUGGAAUACUAAUAUAUGUUUCUGAUCUUCUGGACUAAAAUGGGAGAUGGGUGACAUAGGUAUAUAUAUAAAUUAUACUUUUUCUUGGAUCUCUGGGUCUGUUUUUGAAUUUAAAAAUAUAUAAUAACUUGUGAUUACAUGCAAACUAAUGUGAAUUAUUAAACUGUACUUGCAGAACAUCAGAGGAAGUGUACUUAGUAUUUUUUUUCCAGAUAUAAGAUGCUCAUUAAAUGCACUGAAACAAAUGCUAGGAAUUGUACAGAAUCAUGUUGUGAUCUUUUUAUUUUGCUCAUUAAAAUGUUUGUAUUUUCAAAUGCAUUGUCUUUUGAAAUACAAUGUGCUAAAUAUAUUGGUGUCAUGCUCUUUUUAUCAGUGGUGUUCUUGUGUUGGAAUGAUCUUAAUAAAAUAAAUUCAGCAGUGCUAAAAUCUA